AAUUAGAAAGUGUCCAGGAUCAGCCAUGUAAUGUCAUGUGCUCCUUGUAGCAUAGUGGGAUGUGAACGGGAUUUCAAAUAAUAUCAAUGGAGAGAGACAGACUGAGCCAAGUCAGAAACUGAAAAUUGGCAGAAAUAGCCCAUUCUGAUAAAGACAGAAAAACAGAAUUUGAUGCUAUUCUGGAUGCCCGAUCUGUGCCUUCAGCUUGGGUUGAACCUUGUUGUAACAGUGUGAUGUCAGAGCUCACCAUAGAGACUAAAAUUAUCUCAUCUGAAAUGCAGUCCUUCACCAGUUGAUGACUUUUGUAAAUCUUUUUACAGAUAGUUCCUUUUAACACCAAUAUAUCUGUUGUUGAUCGUUGGAGAUGAGGAAUUAUCUCACCCAGCUGGAAAUGUGGUUUGUCUCUGAAAAAAAGUCUGUUUUAACUCAGUGAAGUCUAUUGGAACUGGGGCGCUGAGAAGACACCAGCAUUUGUUCACUGGAGAUCAGGUCUUCAGCUGCAUUGAUUGUAUGAGGGAUUCACAAAAUCUGACAUCUGACUUUCUGAAUUGUUAGAAAAUUGAUCACAGGGAGGUAACAUUUUCCUCUCAGUGUGGGAAGGGAUUCACUCACUCUGCCCGCCUGCAGAGACACUAGUGAAUUUACAUUUGGGAGAGGUCAUUCACCUGCUCUGUGUGUGGGAGGGAUCUACUCAGGCGUCCAUCCUGAAGAUCAUCCAACAAGUUAGCUCCAUAGUGAGAUGAUUCAUCUGUUUUGUGGAAAGUGAUUCAUUCUGUCAUCCAAGCUGAAGAUACAUCAGGAAUUUCACACUGGUGAGAGACCGUUCACCUGCUCAGACUGUGGGAAGAGAUUCAGUCACUCAGCCACUGCAGACACACCAGUGAGUUCAGAAGGGAAGGAGGCCAUUCAACUGUUCCGUGUAUGAGAAGUGUCAUCUGAUCAGCAAAUUCACACUUGGGAGAGGACAGGCAUGACCAUCUGAUAUCCCACUCAGUUCAAACUGAGGAAAAGCUGUUCACCUGGUCAGACUUAAGGAAAGGAUUCAUUUGGUCAUCUGACAUACUGGAACACCAGUCAGUUCACACUGAGAAAUGCCAUUCACCUGCUCAGACUGUGGGAAGGAAUUCACUCAGUCAUCUCAACUGAAAGUACAUCAGCGAGUUCACACUGGGGAGAGGCCGUUCACCUGCUCAGAUUGUGGGAAGGGAUUCACUCAGUUUUCCCAUCUACAGACACACCAGCGUAUUCACACGGGAGAGAGGCCAUUCACCUGUACCGUGUGUGAGAAGGGAUUCACUCAGUCAUCCCAACUACUGGCACACCAGUCAGUUCACACUGGGGAGAUGCCAUUUAUCUGCUUAGACUGUGGGAAGGGAUUUCCUCGGUCAUUUCAACUGAAGGUACAUCAGCGUGUUCACACUGGGGAGAGGCCAUUCACCUGCUCAGACUGUGGGAAGGGAUUCACUCGGUCAUCCAACCUACAAACACACCAGCGAGUUCACACAGGAGAGAGGCCAUUUAUUUGCUCUGUGUGUGGGAAAGGAUUCACUCGGUCAUCCCACCUACAGACACACCAGUUAGUUCACACUGGAGAGAGGCCGUUCUCCUGCUCAGAGUGUGGGAAGGGAUUUACACAGUCAUCUCAACUACUGGCACAUCAGUCAGUUCACACCGGGGAGAAACCAUUCAUCUGCUCAGACUGUGGGAAGGGAUUCACUUCGUCAUCUCAACUGAAGGUACAUCAGAGAAUUCAUACUGGGAAGAGGCCGUUUACCUGCUCUGACUGUGGGAAAGGAUUCACUCAGUCAUCCAGCCUACAGACACACCAGUCUGUUCACACUGGGGAGAAACCAUUCACCUGCUCAGACUGUGGGAAGGGAUUCACGCAGUCAUCCCAACUGAAGGUACAUCAGCGCGUUCACACUGGGGAAAGGCCAUUCAUUUGUUCAGACUGUGGGAAGGGAUUCACUUCAUCAUCUCAACUGAAGGUACAUCAGCGAGUUCACACUGGGGAGAGGCCAUUCACCUGCUCAGUCUGUGGGAGGGGGUUCACUCAGUCAUCUCAACUACUGGCCCAUCAAUCAGUUCACACUGGGGAGAAACCAUUCACCUGCUCAGACUGUGGGAAAGGAUUCACUCAAUCAUCUGACCUACUGGCACACCAGCGAGUUCACACUGGGGAGAGGCCAUUCACCUGUUCGGACUGUGGGAAGGGAUUCACUCACUCAUCCAACCUACAGAGACACCAGUCAAUUCACACCGGGGAGAAACCGUUCACCUGCUCAGACUGUGGGAAGGGAUUCACGCAGUCAUCUGACCUACUGGCACACCAGCGAGUUCACACUGGGGAGAGGCCAUUCACCUGCUCAGACUGUGGUAAGGGAUUCACUCAGUCAUAUCAACUGAAGGUACAUCAGCGAGUUCACACUGGGGAGAGGCCGUUCACCUGCUCUGAAUGUGGGAAAGGAUUCACCCAGUCAUCCCACCUUCUGGCGCACUACCGAACUCACUCUGGGAAAAAAGUUUAAAUAAGCUGCAUGCCGGAUAUUUAACCAUCACAGUUGCUGAAUGCAGAGGCAAGUUUGAAAGAGACUGUUGGUGUUGAACUCUGUAAUUAUUGCUGCUGCUCAUCACCCUCAGUUCUACACCCUGGCCACUGGACAUGCGUAGAGUCUCUUCUGUUAAUGUUGACCUUUAAUGGGACUGGAGCUUAAUAUUCUGGAUCUGUGACAAAUAAAUCAGUUUUAUUUUAAACUCUGUCUCAGGUACCCAGUGUACAGUGGGG